AUGUCAUCACGCCCUAUGAUGGGUGGUAUCGGAGCUCUGAAACCGGCUGACGAGACGGUCACGACGGUUAUCAAUUUGGUGAGGGAAACUUUGCUGGAAAAAAUUUCUGGGGGAGGUCGUCGAUCAGAAUUGGAAUUGUCGACGUUUUCGCCAAGUGCGCACUCCUACAAGACGCAGGUUGUGGCAGGGACGAAUUUCUUUGUAAAGGUCCAAUUACAAGAAGGCGACUUUGUUCACGUCCGAAUUUAUCGUGACCUUCAAGGAAACGUUUCUCUGCACAGUGUUGCUGACGAUAAGAAAGAAGACGACGAAAUUCUCUACUUUUGA